UUGAGCGGAUUAAACGGGUUUGCCCUUCCCUGUUCUAGAGAAACUAGGGUUUCUGUAAAAUGUCUCUGUUCUGGUCGGAGCCAAGCUUCACCACCGUUGAUGUUCGCCGGAACUUUGGCACUAUUCCACGAUUGUUCAGUCAAAUCCCGACGUCUUUAAUUCCUCCUCAAAGAUGCACAAUAUCCUUGCGACGAGCCAGCAACCUCUUUCCCGCUCAAUCCCAGAGGAGAUUAUACUGUAACACGAUGAACUCCGUUUCCUCAUCAAUGGAGGAGACCAACAGCUUUUCAUCCACUGCAAUAUUCGUAAAAGGAUUGCCGCAAUCAACAUCCGAAGGAACAUUAAGAAGUGCGUUUUCGAAGUUUGGGGAAGUCAGUCGAGUGAAAAUGAUAAGAUACGAGAAAAGCAAAGGAAGUGCAGGGUUUGCUUAUGUUUGGUUUGUGAAUGGAGAGUGUGCUGAGAAUGCGGUCGUGGAGAUGAACGGGAAGGGAGAUUCAUUCUGGUGGAGAUGGCUAAACCUGGUUCCUGCAAGAUACGUAAAGAUGGAACACCCUACAAGUUCUGAAUUUUGCUUCAUUUCUUGAGUUUUCAUAAAUUAA